CGCGUCAGCGUCGCAGCCACACAAACAAUAAUAAUAAAAAAAAUCAUUAAACAAAAUAACAAUAAUAAAAAGUUGCUGCUACCGCUGCUAUUGUGUGCAAAGAGAGCUUGUUAUUUUGAAAAAAGCAAGAGAAGCAAAAAGUGCAAAAAUUAGAAAUAAAAUAUAAAAACGCUUCAACAAAAAACUUUCCCCGCGCAUUCGUUGCAAUGUAGCACAGUUCCCUGUCGUUACGCUAGACACCAGAGCUGAGGGAGCGGCACCUAGUCUAAAAUGGUGGAAUCAUCGAGUUUGGGACGCGCACCGCCCGCCGCGCAACAGUCGAUUCCCAUGCCUCAGCACUCAUCGUCGCCGUCGGGCAUGCGGUGUGGGAAUUUGGAGACGCGUGUUCGUGGCGCCUGGUACCGUGUGCUGGUCACAUUGGAAACGGACUUUCUGGCCAUCAGCCUGGACGAGAGCUGCGAAGCGGCACAGCCGGUUGAUGGUCAAUCCACCACCUUGAAUGGAACGCUGGGCAGCAACCACAGUGGUGGUGGUGGCGGCAGCGGCGGCGGUCAGAAUGGGUCGUUGCCCAAUUCCGCGUCAAUGCAGGGCAUGAAUAGCAGCAGUGGAAGCGCUGCACUGCAGGAUACGGACCUGGAAAGCUCCACCACCAACGACAAUGGCGGCGACCACUUGCUGAACAACAACAACAAUAGCUCGGACAGUGGCGGCAUGGACAUGUGCGACGUACCUGAUCAUGUGGCAAAUCAAAAGCGCCACGUGCGCAUCAUCAAGUCGGACAAUAACGGGCUGGGCAUCUCGAUAAAGGGCGGUCGCGAGAAUCGCAUGCCCAUACUCAUAUCGAAGAUAUUUCGCGGCAUGGCCGCCGAUCAGGCCAAGGGUCUCUAUGUGGGCGAUGCCAUACUCACCGUCAAUGGCGAGGAGUUGCGCGAUGCAACGCACGACGAGGCGGUGCGUGCCCUGAAGCGUGCCGGUCGUGUGGUCGACCUGGAAGUGAAAUUUCUACGCGAGGUGACGCCCUACUUCCGCAAGGCAAGCAUCAUUUCAGAGGUGGGCUGGGAACUGCAACGCGCCUUCCUCUGCCCGCUGGGCCCGGGAGCACCCACAUCGCCCCCCGCGCCCAAAACAACACCGCGUGCCGACACGCGUUACAUUCCCCUGCAGUUGACGCAUUUGGCGCGCAACCUCAAGUACAUCGAUCCCGAGAACCGCUGCCUGGAGCUGCACUCCCCGGAUGGCGUGCACUCGUGCAUACUACGCGCCUCCGACUCGGCGGAUGCUCUGGUCUGGUUCAAUGCUCUGCACUCUGCCAUGUGUGGCAGCACGCAACGUGCCCUGGUCGAAGCCAAUCGUGCGCUCAUGAAUCUCAUAGGUGAGCUCAAGCAUAUUGGCUGGCUGAGCAGGCGAUUGCACGGCAGUGGCGGAGGUGCAGGGGCGGGCGGCAUCGCAAACAGUGGCAGUGGAGCAGCAAGCGGCGGCAGUGGUGGCACCUCCAACAGCGGUGGUGCACCCGGCGAACUACCCAGCGGUCGAUCCAGCUCGGAGAGUUCCGAUGAGAGCGACAAAUGGCAACCGGUUUUUGUGGCCGUCACCGAACGUGAGUUUCGCAUUUACGAGAGCGCGCCCUGGUCUGUGGAGGCCUGGAGUCGUCCACUGGAAAGCUUUGCCUUGGCUACCACGCGCUUAGCAGGAGCGGGCAACAACUCCUCCUUGAAUGGACAGCAGACGACCGUCUUCUGUGUGCGCUGCGGAACCACGCGGGGUGUUCUAGUAUUCUGGCUGCGCUCGGAGACGCAUCGGGAUAUGGCAGCUUGGGCUCGGUCCCUGGUCCAGGGCUCCCACAAUGCGGUCAACUAUCAGCGGGAGUUCAGCUUUCGCUGCCUCUACCAGGGACGGCAGUGUCAAUUGGUUGUGCACAUAAAUCGUGGCUUCUUUCUGUAUGACUGCGGCAGCUUUUCCACAUCGACGCCAACGGCUGCUGUGGCCAGCAAGACGCAACUGUGGCAGUUCGCCUUCGAUAAGCUCAAGGGAUCGGCGGAUGAUGGAUCGCGCAUGUUGUAUUUGGAUUUUGGGGACGAUGGUGAAAUUGAACUGGACAUGGAGUGCUGCCCCAAGCCAGUUGUGUUUGUGGUACACAAUUGUCUCUCGGCCAAGGUGCAUUCCAUUGCUUAGGCUGAGUCGCUGAAAACCGUUUGUACUGCAUACCAAACAACAACAACAACAACAUACCUGCUUACCAAAAUACGACUAUAAAUACUUACAAAGGGCAAGGGCAGAGGCUGCAUAUGGUAUGUCAGGGCGGGCUUCCCGGUGGCAAGUUUAGUAAAACGAAUUGGAUUUACCGAGAGGCCGGCCAACACAAACACAAGCACAAAUCAAACACUCACACACACACACACACACACACAGAAAUUAAAAUACAUAUACACACAGAUUUACAUUGUAAGUAGGCGUAAUUUCUUUUAUACGUGUGUCAGUUGCGAUAUUAAGACAUCCACAUCAUAUACAUACUUUACAUAUACAUUACAUAUACGGAACAAUAAUUAUCAUAAUUGUACUUGUACUUACUAAUUGUAUCUUGUAUCUAAACGAAACACACAUAUCUCUUAAUAUUAGGCGCAUGCCCUACUCGAAUACAUACUCGUAUUACCGAUAUCAUCCAAAAACACAUCAUUAUGCCUAAGAUGCAAUGCAUGGAAACAUUUUAAACCGAUCCUCUUCUGCGCAUAGUCUUGCAUCUGAACCUCCGAACGAUCAUGUGCAAUUAUUAUACGGUAUGUACAUAUACAUACAAACACGGCACAUACUCGUAUAUACUUGUAUUCAUUUCAUGAAAUUAGGAAUUUCGUUAAAAAACCAAAUAGAGAUCAUUACAAACUAAAGACGUACAAUAUAAUGCAUAAU